CUUGCACAAUCGGUGGCUGACUAAAUACUUUUUUGCCCCACUGUAUAUGCCACUGUGAAGCAGUCACUAAGAAGUCACUUUUUCUCGCCUUGGCCACAAGGUGUCGCACGGAGUGGAGUCGCCGAGGUGCAUAAAAGUGGCCAAAUUUUGCUUAUCAAUAAUAGAGUAAGCAUCCUCUGGUAUUAACAUCUUGAUAAAACUGUUGACGUGGGUUUCUAUGUCAUGAGCAGCUCCUGUAGGAAUAAUGAGUAGGUGGACCAGAACUUUUGUCCCCAUAGUGUAUUUCACUUUUUACUUUUAUUGUAUUUACAUUAUGUAAAGUGUUUAGUGUGUUGACAGCAGUUCGUGUCAGGUCUUCAGAUUUAAAUUUGCAAGAGAAAAACAAGAGGUGUGCUUUGACUUUGAAGCAUUGCGAGUAAUAUAUCAAUCAUGUCUGUGACAGAUGGAUAUAACUGUUCUAAAGAAGUUAGACAAAACAAAAAAAACAUUUUCAUACAAAUUUGUCCAGCCAUAUUGACAAAAUGUGAAAUAAAUAAAGGAGAGUUACAGUGUUGUGCAAAAGUCUUGAGCCAGGACACGUCAUGCAGAGAUAUGUCAAGUUUUCAGCUAAUAGCUCUUUGGACAUCAGUUGGUUUACAAUAAAAAAGAAAAUUCCUGUCAAACUGUGUUAUCUGUGGCAUUUUUCAGAGAUUCCACUAAAGAAAUUGGAAGAAAUCGUAUGUUUUUGUGACAGGCUGCUAGUAACAAAGUACCUAAAGAUACAAUUUAAUACUGGUUCCUUGCUAAGUUAUUUGUUAUAUAUACAGUGUUAUUUAGACAACACUGUAUAUAUAAGUCCCUCGAGUUAGGUGUGUUUUUAAUGCUUGAAUGAUUCAUAGGUCAGUGUUAAGGGGCCUAACAAUCUAAAAGAAACAUCCCUCUGAAAUAUUCAGGCACAAGGACGGCACUGAAAACAACUGAGAAAGCAGCUAAUCCAAGCUGAUGUGUUCUUUAAGUUAAUUCGCGAUUAUAUUGCACUAAGGAAUUCAAAUAAAGUCGGAUGUGUUAAAAAGUAAUGGAAGAUUACAUUUUAAUAUAUAUAAAAUUUACAAAAUAUUUUAACAAGUCAAUGGUGUUGUGCAUCUUUUUGAAAAACAGAAGACAUAUCUAUCUGUCAUCUAUCUGAUUAACUGACUGAUUUGAAAGUUACAAUGAGUUUUGUCAAAUGAAGUCUAAACUGAAAUAAAACAAGACAUGAAAACUGUGUCGUCAGACCACAAUGACAAAUCCUCAAAAUGUUAAUACUGAGAACUGUUUUCAGGACCAAACUAUUAGUAUCGGUAUGAGCUGAACUCGAGAUCUGUGCGGUGGUCAGCAAACAUUUUUCGUCUCUCGCACAACAAAAGAUGAACAAAGAAUUCAGUAUUCAGUUGUGCUAUUUCUUUUUAUGAUCAUGUCGCUCGGGUAAGGGCUCACACAUGUUGUUUUGGGUGGGAAGACCUUUUGACACAAAUCAAUGAUUACCCUGAAAUCUGUUUAGGAAGACUAUAUUUUCAGUUUUGAAAAAUAAAUGGAGAGGAAAAGAUCUGUGGAAGAGGAAAACCAAGAAGACUGUAGAUUAAGGAAAAGAUGGAGAGUUGAAUACAAUGAAACUUCUGAUGGUGAAGAUGAGGAGGAGGAGGAGGAAGAGGAGAAUCGAAAAACCUGGAAGACAGAAGGGAUACCGUUUUUGUCUGUAAUCUGUGGAACCACAGAGGGCAUCCUUGAUUGUGAGAAGCUGGAAAAAAGUAAGGCGUGUAUUGAAUAUAAAGGCAAAUGGUAUAAUCCACCUAGCUUUGAGAUACUUGCAGGGAAAGGAUCAAGUAAAAAAUGGAAAGCAACUAUUUUCUAUGACGAUCAACCUCUGGAGUAUUGGAUUAAGAAAGAUUACCUAAAAACCGAGGGAUACAGAAAAGGAAGAUCCAAGACUAGAAAGGAAAUACAAUCAUCCGGCUCUGAAGAAACUGAAGAUGAUAAUGCUGAAGAGAGGACAACAAAACAUACAAUUUCAGCUGCUGCGGAACAUGCACUGAGGGGGAAAGAAAUAAAGACAGCAAAUGGAACAGGUGCUUAUCACCCCGAGGGGAUGGACCAUCCAGGAGAGUGCAGCAGCUCAGCAAAAGUUAACACAACCACUGCAGCAGCGAAACUGAUUACUCCCUCAAACAAAUAUGACCUAUCCAUCAACGGGAGUGAUGGGGAAGGCAGUGAAGACCAGUUAACACAAAGCAGUGAAAGAAAAGAACAGGAAGCUUCCACAUCUUUGGGGAUAGUGAAUAAAACUGAAUCCAGUGUCUUAAACUCUGAUGCAAGGAUGGAGGACAGAGAAGACGGGCAUUUAACUCACUGUGGGAAUGAGAAAGAACAAAACAGAGAAGAUUCUCUUGACAUGUUGAGAUCUGAAGUUACUGGAAAUACCAGAGAUGUGGCAACACAAACUGUGCCAAAAGUACUGAAAGCUGGGGGAGAUAUUGUUGAAGAUAAGGACCAGUUUCUAAGCAGAGGGGAGCUGGCAGUGAAAACAGAGCAGAGAGCUGAAGAGAAGGUCGGGUCUGGACAUGAAAACGAGGUUGUAAACUCAGAAGAUGCUGGGAAUGAAGAAGAGGAAGAAGAAAUGGAAACGGGAGGAAUGGAAUCUGAAGCUGUACCUGCUGUUGCCUCUAACCACACUGACAAGUGUGUUAUUAAAGAAGGCUCAGCAGAGAGAGGAGAUGCACAGUCAGCAAACUGUGGGAAUGAGAAAGAAGGAGACAAUCCUCCUAACAUGCCAAAAUCUAAAGUCACUGUAAAAACCAGAGACGUGGAAAGAAACACACCAAUCAAACAGCAGAAUGUGGAGGAAAAAACAGAAGAGGAAAUGAGUCCUUCCUGUGAAUCUCUGGCUGCGUCAGAUGAGUGUGAACAUAAAGAUGUCCACUGCUCUGGCCACAAUGUAGCUGCAUUACAAUCCACGAGGCCAGAGAGGAGCUCAUCUCCAGCAAGUCAAACCUCUGUCGGCAUUAAUUUCUCUCACAUGUCAGAGGCUCUGUCACCUGGGCCCUCAGUCAGCUCUGGUUUGAAUACAACGGAUCUUGAUCAACUGAAGAGGGAGAAACUAAAAAUGCAACUAAAGGUCUUAAAAUUACAAGAAGAGUGUUACACUUUGAUAAUAAAAGAACUUAAAAAAUGAAGAUUAAUGCUUCUGUAAAGCUGAAUUUGAAAAAUUGCUGCAGUAUGUCCACAAAUGACAUGCGUUAUUUUUCUUUGGUUAAUUGUUACUUUUGAGAAAAGCAACAAAAUCAUAAAAGUGUACUUUGUCUUUGCUAUACUCAGUUUUCCUUUCACACUGCUGAUCACCGUGUUUUACUUUGUUUUAAUAAUUCCACAUACAGCUGAUAUUUUCUUCUUGAAAUUCUGAAUAAACAACAUUGAUGCUUUUUAUCGGUAAAUUGUGCAGAUGUUGUCAAACUGUUUUCUUUGGACUUUGCCCAACCUGUAAUAAUCAUUGUAGGGAACAGCAUUGUAAUUAGAAGAAUACAUUCCUUGAAUUUUUUGAAGUGGCCUUGAGCAAAAGUUCUCCAGCCAUCAUUGGCUGCUUUGUCACUCAUUUUCAGUCCUGAUUUUUAAAUGUGUACAAUGAUUUGUAACUUUUGAAGACUCACUCACGUUUCAAUCCACACAAUACAAAGCAAUCUGACACGCGUACAUCUAAACCUAAAUAAAUACAUGUUUCUGUUGAGUUUUGAACAAGAAAAUCAUAUUUAUACAAAUUUUCAAAAGACCCCAAAAACAUGUUUAUUACAUCUUUUGUUUGUGUUUAGAUGUCAAACUAAAAAAUAGAAUGGAAACUCGUUUUGUACAUUUAUAUUUACAGUUCAUUCAUUUAUUAAUAACACGAGUACUAUUCUGUCAUAUUUUCUUCCUCCUCUUCCUCUUCUUCGUCAUCAUCGUCAUCAAAAUAUUUAUCCUCUGCAUCUCUGUUGACAAUGUCCAAGUUGUCAUAGUCUGGAUUCUCAUCCACCUCCCUGUAACACAAACACAUAAACACCUUAAGUCACUUUCAAAGCCCACAGUAGAGCAGGGCGAUAUGGCCAAAAAU